AUGGACACCACCGCUUCCUUCUCCACCACCAACGGAGGCGACUCAUCCAGGUCUGAUGUUGUCGAAAUUGCCGAAUGCGACAAAGCAGGUAACCUCAAAGCUACUUACAUUGAAUCCCAUCCCUCCUCUUCCUCCUCUGCCACCACCCCCUCGAAUUCACGCAUCGAUGUCUUCUUCCCUACCGCCGGCAAAAGCCUCUGGCAAAAGCUCCUCGUCAUCUUCCUCCCAGACGGAUACCCCCAAAGUGUGACGGACGACUACACCAAAUACCAAAUCUACGACUCGCUCCAGGCCUUCGCGGGUUCCAUCGCCGGUAUGAUCUCUUCGCGGGCCGUAUGGGUCGGUCUCGGCGUAGGCGAUGCCUCAGCGUCCCCCACCGGCGCGAUGCUCAUCCAGAUCGUGCGGGAGUGCAUGGGGAAGUUGGCUACGAUCGUGUUUGCGCAUUCCAUGGGCACGGCGAUCGAGGCCGAGUGCAAGAUGUACAGGUUCAAGGCGGAUGUGCUUUGUGAUGCGGCGAUGGUGCUAGAUUGUUUGAGUCCUUUGGUACCUGUUCUUGGGAUGAGGGUUGCCGUUUUGUGCGUUUCAAGUGUGUUGUAUGCGGCGGCGGGGGUGGCAGGCGGCGCCGCGAAGAGUAGCCUCAGCGGGCAUUUUGCAAGGUGGAAUAAUUUGGGGGAGUUGAAUGCCAAGGAUGGAAGUCAGGAGACGAUGAUUUCUCUCAUGGGCAAUAUGGCUGGCACGGCUGCAAUGGCUUUCCUAUCAACUCCGACAGCGACGUGGCUCUCAUUAAUAUGCCUGCUAGUGGUCCAUUUGGUCAUGAACUGGAUAGGGGUUAAAGCAGUCAAAAUGCGCUCUCUCAAUCGACAGCGGGCCAACAUCGUAUUCUCAAACCUGUUGGAUAAGAACAAGGUGCUCGAUCCCGCUGAAGUGUCCCAAAGAGAAUCUAUUUUCGCGAAGCGUGGUGGAAGCACUCUCAGGGGAAAAAAUGGCACUUUGAUUGGGCAUUGUGACUUCGGAGUCUCCCUCCAAACUCUGAUUUCGAGUCUGUCUCAGAACGGCCGUCAUGGAAAGACCGGUUCGUCACGACUGGGCCCGGUUGACUUGUCAACUUUGACGAGACUAUUCCGACAUCAAGGCUAUCUUCUCUGGUAUGAAAGGCAGUCUCCUCGAUGGAAUGAUACUCCAUCCUCAACGACGCGGGUUUUGGUGGUGCUCAAGGAGGAGGUUACUACGGAACAACAACUAAGGGCUUGGUAUCAUGCUUUGAUACUUGCUAGGAGGGUUCUUGACGUGACCAACAGCAAAAUGGAUGCAUCGGACAGCCACGAGGAGCAAAGCCUGUCUCAUGUGGGGGUCACAUUGGAUCAAGUUCAGGCCAGUUUUGAUGCACACGCCCGUCGCCUCAGGGAUGUGGGCUGGAAUCUCGACAUUCCGGUGCUUGAGACAUGCACUGGAUCACGUGUUAUCUUUGGAAAGACACCAAACAAGUCAUGA